GAGAAAACCCGAGAACAUGGAAACAAGACAACAAAAAUAAAUUUGUGGACAACAAGCCAGAGUGCAUGAUGGCGGCGUCGCUGCUGCGCCGGGACAAGAAAGCCACUGCCGCCCACUUGAAGGCAGACUUAAAUCGGACUGACAAUAGCUCCGGGGUGCGACAACUUCAGGAGCUGCUCGACGCUGUGCUAAAUCCCGAAAAACCAGCGGCGGACACAGAAGCUCUCGACUGGUGUAAAUGUCUCAUUGCAGGAGGCGAAGGUUUCGAGGAGUUCUGCAAAACGGUCCGGUCCUAUGACAACGCGACUCUGUGCGGCUUGGUUUGGACGGCUAAUUUCGUGGCGUAUCGAUGCCGGACCUGUGGCAUCUCUCCGUGCAUGUCAUUGUGUGCUGAGUGUUUUAAUAACGGAGACCACACGGGCCAUGAUUUCAACAUGUUCAGGAGCCAGGCUGGUGGGGCCUGUGACUGUGGAGACAGUAAUGUCAUGCGAGAGAGUGGGUUUUGCAGACGACAUCGGCUGAGAACAGGGGAGAAUAUCCCCUCAAUACCUCGAGACCUUCUCUUGAUGUCCGAGAUGGUUCUUCCUCGCUUUAUUCUGUGUAUCAUACAGUAUCUGAGGGAUGGAUACAUUGAACCAGACACCUCAACUGAGAGAGAUCUACAGAAAGUCCUGCAGCAGCUGGAACCUCAGAUCUCCUUCCUGGAGGAGCUCACAAAGAUGGGAGGCGCAAUGAGAACUGUACUGACAAAGAUCUUGACCAAUCAGCAAACAUUCAAGGAGUUGAGCAUGGGCCAAGAGGAGAAUUUAUAUGCUAAGAAGAACUAUGACAAGUAUUUGUUAGCGUUGAAGAAUUCAGGUCUGGUGUCUGUGGAGGAGAAAGCCCAAGGUGCGACUGCUGAUGUCACUGUUGGUGCUGAAGGAGGUGCAGGAGCAAUGGUCCUACUGGGAACCACUGCACCAGGGAGCCCAGAUGAGUCUAACAAAGAGGAGGACCAAGACGCAGGGCAGUCUGUCGGACAGAGGAAGAGGGUUAAGCUGAGCAGCAGUACCAAAGACCCCUUUAUUAUAGAAUCUCUGAAGCAUAAAUGCUUCCUGGAGGAGUUGCUGUUUUGGACAAUAAAGUAUGAGUUUCCUCAGAAGAUGGUCACCUUCCUACUAAACAUGUUGCCAGAUCAAGAUUAUAAGAUCACUUUUACAAAAACAUUUGUUCAGCAUUAUGCAUUCAUCAUGAAAACACUGAUGAAAAGCCACGAGUCAGAUACCAUGUCCAACCGCAUUGUACAUAUUAGUGUGCAGCUGUUCAGCAACGAGGAGCUGGCUCGACAUGUGACGGAGGAGUGUCAGCUGCUGGACAUCAUGGUCACAGUCCUCCUCUACAUGAUGGAGAGUUGCCUUAUUAAAAGUGAACUUCAGGAUGAAGAGAACAGUCGCCAUGUUGUGGUGAACUGCAGUGAGGCUCUGUUGAAGAACAACACCUACUGGCCAUUAGUUAGUGAUUUUAUUAACAUCCUCUCACACCAAAGUGUAGCAAAGAAGUUCCUGGAGGACCAUUCAUUGUUGAUGCUGUGGAUGAGCUUUGUGUCAUUUUUCCAAGGUAUGAACCUGAACAAGCGGGAGUUGAAUGAACAUGUGGAAUUUGAGUCUCAGACAUACUAUGCAGCGUUUGCAGCAGAGCUUGAGGCUUGUGCACAGCCAAUGUGGGGUCUCUUAACACAUUGCAAAGUCAAAGAGACACAGGAAUAUACCAAAACUGUGGUACGCUACUGCUUGGAGACCCUGCAGAUCUGGUUUGAUGCCAUUGGUUUCAUUGACGAGCCUUCUCCAAACCAAGUGACAUUUCACCUGCCAUUGCACCGCUACUAUGCCAUGUUCCUCAGUAAGGCUGUAAAGUGCCAAGGCCUGGACCUGGACAGCCUCCUGCCUGACCAAGAGAUGCUGAUGAAGAUCAUGGUGCAUCCACUCCAAAUCCAGGCAUGCCUGUCAGAGAUCCACAGCAACAUGUGGGUCAGGAAUGGUCUGCAGAUCAAGGGGCAGGCUAUGACCUAUGUGCAGUCACACUUUUGCAACUCCAUGAUCGACCCAGACAUCUAUCUGCUCCAGGUCUGUGCAUCAAGACUAGAUCCAGACUACUUUAUCUCAAGUGUUUUUGAGAGGUUCAAAGUGGUCGACCUGUUGACCAUGGCAUCUCAGCAUCAGAAUGCUGUGUUGGACUCUGAGCAGGAGAGGCCGAUGCUUGAAGGAGCGCUGACCUUCCUGGUCAUACUAACAAGCCUCCGUGUUCAUUUGGGGAUGACGGAUGAUGAGAUCCUGCGGGCUGAGAUGGUCUCGCAGCUGUGUAUGAAUGACCGUACACACAGCGCACUCUUAGACCUCAUUCCUGAGAAUCCCAACCCAAAGAGUGGCAUUGUACCAGGGAGUUGUAGUUUUGAGGAGAUGCUCUCUGCUGUGGCUGACUUCAAGGCACCGGUGUUUGAGCCUGGAGGCUCCAUGCAGCAGGGCAUGUACACACCCAAAGCGGAGGUGUGGGAGAGGGAGUUUGACCCCAUCAUGGUCGUUCUCAGGACGGUCUAUCGGCGUGACGUCCAGUCAGCAAUGGACAGAUACUCAGCUUUUUUAAAACAGUCUGGCAUUCACACCGGCAACCCAUGGCCUCCUUACAAGGAGAGGACUCCUCUGCAUCCAUGUUACAAAGGCCUAAUCAAGCUGUUGCACUGCAAGACACUGCACAUUGUAAUAUUUACUCUCCUGUACAAGAUUUGGAUGGAUCAUCAGAACAUGUCAGAGCACGUGCUGUGCAUGGUGCUGUACCUGAUUGAGCUGGGCUUGGACAACCAGGUUCAAGACAACAAGGCGGAUGAGGAGCCUUGCAUUGAGGAGCACUGCCAUGACAGCUGGUUUCCUGGCACAAACCUCCUCUCUAAUUUGCACCAUGUUAUCAACUUUGUGAGGGUGCGGGUUCCUGAGACGGCUCCUGAAGUGAAGAGAGAGGCACCUCCCAGCACCAGCACUGAAGCUUCUUCUUAUGGCCAGAACUCCAGGCGUCUUUCAGGCAAUUGGAGAGAGAACCUGCGCGAAGCUCAGGUCUUCAGCCUUGUAGCAGAGCGCAGGAGGAAGUUCCAGGAGAUAAUCAACCGCAGCAACACUGAAGCCGCCCAGGUUGUCAGGCCCAAGAGCUCCUCAACACGCUGGGUCCCUCCAGGCACUCCCCCUCAGCUGGUGACGGAGAUCUUGGAGAUCCGGGAGAGCAUGUUGUCCCUCCUCAUUAAGCUCCACCAGAAGUUGUCGUCCAAGCAGAACUCCCUGUCCGCAUCCUGGCUGGAGGACAUGGACACGAGCCGUCACACUCAUGGAGAUGGCAUUACAGCCAUUGAGCGCAUCCUCACCAAGGCGGCCACGCGCAGCUGCCAAAUCAAGCGUAGCAUCCAGGACAUUUGUGGAAAGGUGUGUCCUCCUGUGCCACCAAAGAAGAAUAGUCCCACAGACAAGAAAACCAUGGAUAAAGAAGAGAGACGUCAGAGGGCUAGAGAGAGACAGCAGAAGCUGCUUGCUGAGUUUGCCUCCAGGCAGAAGAGUUUCAUGGAAACAGCCAUGGAUGUUGAAUCCCCGGACACUGAGGCAGCCAUGGACCUGGGAGCGUCUGAAGUGAUGGAGUCUGAGGUUCUUUAUGACUGCGUGAUCUGUGGCCAGAGCGGACCCUCCACUGAGGACCGACCCACUGGCCUAGUAGUUCUUCUUCAAGCAUCCUCAGUGCUCGGACACCGCUGCAAAAGCAAAGAGGCGAAGAAUCUACCAACUAGCGAUGAAGAACACAUCUACGCCGCAGACACAUGUGGGGUGGCUCAUGAUGUCAGGCUCACACUCAUGCAGCGGUUCUUCAAAGAUAGCUCUUGUCUGCAGUCUGUGUCAAUAGGUUGGGAUGGGGGCGUCUACGUUCAGACCUGUGGACACACUUUGCAUAUAGAUUGCCACAAGUCAUACAUGGAGUCUCUGAGGAACGACCAGGUCCUCCAGGGUUUCUCUGUUGACAAGGGUGAAUUUACGUGCCCACUGUGUCGACAGUUUGCUAAUAGUGUCCUUCCCUGUCGCCCCGGGCGGGGCACAGAGGCUGGCGCCUGGCACACACCCACAAACAAGAAGACACUUGUGCUUGUAAAGGAGGUGGAAGAUCUUCAGGAGAAACUUGGCCUCUUCCCAACGGAAUCCAACUUGAGUAAAGAGAUGGAGCUGGUUAUCAAAGACAUCAAGAACACCACGCAGAAGAAAUACAUGGAUUAUGGCAAGAACCCUGGCUCCCCUGACAAUGACUUCCUCUUCAUGUACUCCGUGGCAAGGACUAACUUGGAGUUGGAGCUUGUGCACCGGGGAGGAAACCUGUGUUCUGGAGGGGCCAGUGCAGCUGCCAAACGUUCAUGUCUCAAUCAGCUGUUCCAUGUGCUGGCCAUGCACAUGCGUCUGUACAGCAUUGAUUCAGCCUACAACCCCUGGACUAAGCUGACUCAGAUUACACAAAGCCGAGAGGCAGAUGGCUUUGAUGAAGAGAGGCCUGAGGUCCCCAUGCUGUUUCGAGAUGUCCCAUCCCUCCUGAUUAUCUUUGUGCUAACAAUGCCACAGCCUCUGCGAAAAGAGCACUUUACCUGUGUGGUGAAGAUGCUGUACAACCUGCAGUUCACUCAGGCUCUGGCGGCUCUCUCAACGAAGUUCAGCCCAGAAGAAAGGCAAGCCUGGAGCACAUCUGGAGCACUCAAGAAGAAUGCUCCAAAUGCUGAGAUGUCUUUUGAAGCGCUGCUCAGUCACGUUAUCAGCGAGCUCUCGAAGGAUAAGAGUGUCUACAAGGUGAACACUGAAGAAACAUCAAUGCUGAUCUCCGGUGUGUGGUCCCCACAGUCAAUCGAGUACAGCCUUCAGCAGUUCUGCCUGCCCUUCCUGCGUCUCUCCUGCCUCCUGCAGCAUCACCUCUACGGAGACAACCUAACUGGCUGCCUGGAGGAGGAGGAGUUCCCGUCCUUGGCUGUGUGUUUGGGGCUCUUACCCUCGGCCCCUCAGCCUUCCAACAUCGUGCACAGUGCCUCAUGUCUGACGUGGGCAGCCAGCGCCUUUGACUUGGUGACACAGUGGUGUGCUGAGGUCACAGGGCUCUCUCAGAUGCAGGCUGAGCAAUCAUUGACCUUGCUUGUCCAGGAGCCUCAGUGGGCAGCCCCCCGCCUUCUCCAGCUACCCGACAACUACAAUAUCAUCUUCCAGUACUAUCACAGGAAGGCCUGCACUGCCUGCAAAAAGGUGCCAAAAGACCCCGCACUCUGCCUUGUUUGUGGCGCCUUCGUCUGUCUCAAAGGCGUGUGCUGCAAACAGCAGGGUAUCUGUGAAUGUGUUUUGCACUCUCAACAUUGUGGCGCAGCUACAGGCAUCUUUCUACUGAUAAAUGCCUCAGUCAUCAUCAUCAUCCGUGGACAUCGUUUCUGCCUCUGGGGUUCUGUUUACCUUGAUGCUCACGGAGAGGAGGACCGCGAUUUACGCCGUGGCAAACCUCUCUUCUUAUGUGAGGAGAGGUAUCGAGUGUUGGAGCAACAGUGGGUUUCACACACCUUUGAUCACAUCAAUAAGCGUUGGGGGCCUCACUAUAAUGGACUCUAAGAUCUUCCAAAGUCCACUGAAAACAGCAACCCGUGAUGGAGAAGAUGUUUUUUUUUCCUUCUGGCUUAUGUGUCUGCCUCGAUCAAAAUAUUUGGGAACUCUUAACGUGAUAAACACAAACAUCCCAGUGAGGGUAUUGCUGCCACAGCCUUGGUUUAUGUGAAGUUUGGUGUACAAUCAUGCCUAAAGAUUAACACGUGUGUGUGUUUAAGUGAUUUAUUGUGUGGUUUUCAACAGGGAAAAACAGAAUUCGGUCAGAUCAAAGUCUAAAGCACAACUUUGCCCAGAAAUUCAAUCGGUGUGGGAUGGGCUUCUGAAGCCUGUCAUAAUUAUUUGGGUUUUAAAAAAAAAACAUAUAUAUCAAGUGCUGAAUGUCCCUGCAAGGUUUGAUUACUUUUUGCACCAUUUAUGAUGUUAAUGCAUAUCCCUUUUAUUUAUCAAAAUGUGCUCUGCUGUGCUGGCAUGAGUUUCAAGCUCCUGAUGAGUGUAGCGAUGUUAUUGCAAUGUGCACUCAUUCUCUGCUGACAUGUGAGGGUAGGCAGGACAAGUCCACCCAUCAACACACUAGAGUUUUUUUGCAAACAAAAGCAAAGGCUCUCUUUAUGGGUCUAGUUGCAAUCCAUCCUCAGGAAUUUCUUUUUGUUUUUUUUUGCUGUUUAAAAUACGUUUUAGAUAUUUAAAUAAAUGCUGCUGCUCAUUGUUCAAGUAAUUUUAACUUUUGUGAAGAUUUUUUUUUUCUAAGGUUGUGCUUUGAGUUUAUGCUAGAUGGCUGGGAAUGUCGACUCAAAACUCAAUUUAAUGUUUAAGGAGGUAUGCGGUCAUCUCAUUAUGCUCACUACAGAUCUUGUAGUCCUGCCCCAUUGCAUAGCGCUUAUUGUUUCCAGUUGGUUCUGAAGAAGAAACUCUAAUGCCGACUCUUGACACCACUAAAGCUACAAGAUUCAUCGUCAUCGUUCCACAAAAAACUAAAGUCACACAUACAGAAUCUUAAGUACCAUACAUUUUUAAGGAAAUGCAGGGUUCCCACAGUCAUGAACUUCCUGGAAAGGUUAUGAAAAUGCAAAAACUGUUUUCCAGGCCUGGUUAACAGAAUGUUUUUGAGAAGUUUUGGCUGUUGUUUAAAAUAUGUUGUUAAAUAUCCUAAAACAAGAACUCAAAAUACGCACCUUGUGUUACUAAUGUAAAAUCUAAUGUGACCAUUAAAAGGUCGGUAGCAUCACGUGAUACACAUAGACCGGAAAGGCAUAGCAUCAUCGCUAAGGCCACGCCCCUUUUUGGACAAUAGGAGAGAAACAGCGGGUUGCCGAAAAGCUGCUGUGUAGCCGGUUAAGGCUUUCUCACUGAGAUUUGAGGCUCAUAACAUAAAUGAAAUUCACUGUCAGUGUGGUAAAUGGCUAAAUGAUGCUAGUGAAAGUUACUACUGAUUGAUAGCUAACGUCGGCUUGAGUGGGAACAUCAGACCGUCGCCUCAAGCUACAUCUCUGCUUGUAUGAAACUGUUGGCUCCUAACAGGCAACACUAAGCCUCACCAUACCCAGCGAUUUAACCAAAUAUAUGUACAUUUGAUUGAAUCACCAGGUAUCAUGAUGCAUACCUUUAUUCAUGUAAAGAGGUCCAGAUAAGCAAUAUCCUGACCUGCUGUGUUGGGUCACUGACCCAGCUGGACAGGGAAGGACUGAAGGGACAUUACAAUGAUCAACUGUCAUUUAUUAAGGUACCACAACACACAGGUUUAGGCCACAUGUCCAUAUACAUUUUUUAAACCAGAAAAUAAAGAGUGCAAACUUGAAAAACAUAUGCAUUGACAUCUAGCGGAAUUUUGGUUUUCUAUCCCUUUAUAAAGGGCCGUGCCCUUGACAUUUUCUGCAGCACUUACAUGUGCUGGUCUGGUCUAUCUGCAUAUGGAGCUAGUUGGCGGUGGGAAUAUCUAACGAUUGAGUAAAAAUGCUCAUGCAGUUUUGGUCAUCUGCACAUCCCUGGCAAGUGUGUGCCAACACAUUUUAAACUACAAAAAUAAAGUCAUGGAAAUGGGUUAAAAUAUCAUAGAAAAGUUUUUAGAAAUGUGUGGGAACCCUGGAAGUGUCGUUGCACAGAUAUGGUGUCCUGCUGCACUCUGAAACCUGAACACCAUGUGAGAGCAGAAAGAUUAUAUUGGUUCUGUCAAAGUUUUCCCAAGAUAUGAAACUCAAUGAAAUGUAAGUUGCUUUUGAGAAGAAAUGUCAAUACUCCACAUUUGUCUGUGCUGUCAAAAAAGUUUUUCCCUUUAUGCUUUUGAUUGUCGAGUCCUAACUGCAGUACAGAGCAUUUAUUGUGAUGACUAUCCCUUACUCAUGCAUCAUCUAGUUGUGAUUUAUAGUUGCAUUCCAACAUUAACAAGAUUAUCAGACUUGAGUAUCCGUUAUACACUGUGCAUGACAUCCUUUAAGCCACCAUUAUUUAAGUGUCUUAGCUACUUCAUUUUCUGAUUAACAUCUUUUUUUUUUUUUUUUCCUGGAAGAGAGGAAAUUUAUCCAGUCGUGCCUGCGAGAUACUUUUUUUUUUCUGAGCGAUAAACAGCACACUAUCCCUGACAUCUGGAUUUGAAAUGCUGGGCCACAUCGUGCUGCAUCGAGGAAUCUUUAAAGGAACAAGUUAACACUUGAAAAACCUUCCUCUUGAAUUCAUGCAUGCUGCUUUUUCUGUUUACUGAGUUUCUCCUCUCUUCUUUAUUUUGCAGUACCCACUUUGUAAAUGACCGCAACCAAAUAGCCAACGAGUAAUGGGUGUAAAUUGUAACUGAAAGCUCUUGUGUGUUCUCCUGUAUGAAUGAAGAGAGAAUACAGUACAUUACUGUAGGUGCUGACUCAAACUUUCUGAGUUUGACCAGAAAGUAUGACUUGGACAUUUAAUGCAAAAUGUAACAUAUGUGAAUAAAAUAUAAACACACUGA